AUGGCGGUCACAAGUUCAACUCACAGGGUGAAUUUCGGAGAGCCUAGGAACUUUGUUACCACGUUCAAGUCUAAAUGCAAAGAGACCCUUUUCCCAGAUGAUCCUUUUGCGGAGUUUAAAGAUGAAAAGCCAAGUCUCAGAGCUAGAAAAGCUGUACAGUAUUUCAUUCCAAUCCUGCAAUGGAUUUCUACGUAUAAUUUCAAAAUGUUCAGAUAUGACGUCCUCGCCGGCAUUACUAUUACCAGCCUUGCUAUCCCUCAGGGCAUCAGCUAUGCGAAACUUGCCAACAUUCCUCCGAUCAUCGGCCUUUAUUCGAGCUUUGUUCCACCCCUUAUAUACGCCAUUUUCGGGAGCUCAAAGCAUAUAGCAGUGGGGACGGUGGCAGCAAGCUCGCUGCUGUUAGCCGAAACAAUCGGAGAAAAGGUAUCAGCUAACGAUGAUCCUGACUUGUACCUUCACUUGGUUUUCACGGCAACCUUCUUCACCGGCAUUAUGGAGACAGCUCUAGGUUUUCUAAGGCUUGGGAUCUUGGUAGAUUUCUUAUCGCAUUCCACCAUCACAGGCUUCAUGGGAGGCACUGCCAUAAUAAUUUGCUUGCAGCAAUUGAAAGGCCUCCUUGGCAUGAAAACUUUUACUCAGAAGACCGAUGUGAUUAGUGUCUUGCAUGCAGUCUUCAAAUACAAACACGAGUGGAAGUGGGAGUGCGUAGUUGUAGGUGUAAUCUUCUUGGCUUUCCUGCAAUUCACAAGGUUCCUGAGGCAAAGAAAGCCAAAAUUAUUCUGGGUAUCAGCAAUCGCUCCUAUUAUCACUGUCAUAGUUGGCUGCCUUUUUGCUUAUUUGGCUAAGGCAGAGAGAUUUGGAAUCCAAAUUGUGGGUCAUUUGAAAAAAGGGUUGAAUCCCCCUUCCCUUCACUUGCUAAACUUUGACUCUGAGUAUUUACCCAUUACAUUGAAAGCUGGGAUCAUUACAGGAUUUGUGUCAAUGGCGGAAGGAAUAGCAAUAGGAAGAAGCUUUGCAAUUAUGAAAAACGAGCAGGUUGAUGGGAACAAGGAGAUGUUGGCUUUCGGUCUCAUGAACAUCAUUGGCUCUUUCACUUCAUGCUACUUAACGACUGGACCAUUUUCGAAGACAGCAGUGAAUUUCAAUUCAGGCUGUAAGACUGCAAUGUCAAACAUUAUAAUGGCAUUAUGCAUGAUGCUUGUUCUUCUGUUCUUGGCUCCUGUCUUUAGCUAUACUCCUCUUGUUGCUCUAUCCUCCAUUAUCAUGUCUGCAAUGCUGGGACUUAUCAACUAUGAUGAAGCUAUCCACCUUUUCAAAGUUGACAAGUUAGAUUUCUGCAUUUGCAUGGUUUGCUUCUUUGGUGUCACUUUUAUAAGCAUGGAUGUUGGCCUCAUGUUAUCGGUCGGCCUUGCUCUUGUCAGGGCACUUUUAUAUGUGGCUAGGCCAGCUGCCUGCAAACUUGGAAAAAUUCCAGGCUCGGAACUUUACAGAGAUAUUGAGCAGUAUCCUGGUUCAGUAUUGCUUCCAGGGGUCCUAAUUCUUCAACUGGGUUCCCCUAUUUACUUUGCGAACUGCAAUUACUUAAGAGAGAGGAUUUUGAGGUGGGUUAGAGAGGAAGAGAGGUUUUCAGAUUCGGGAUCAAAUACCGUUGAGCAUGUGUUACUAGAUUUAUCAGGAGUUUCAUCCAUAGACAUGACAGGCAUUUCAUCCCUCUCAGAAAUAAACAGAAUUCUUGAGGCAAAGGGCAUCAAGAUUUCACUCAUAAAUCCAAGGAUUGAUGUAAUGGAAAAAAUGAUAUUGUCCAAGUUCACUGAGAUCAUGGGGAGAGAACGUUUUUUCUUGUCAAUUGAAGAUGCAGUUGAGGCAUGCCGGUUUUCACUUCAAAAAGAUAAGAAACUGGAUCAAUCUGCCAUUGCUUUAAGGGUCAGUGCUGGUGAUGAAUAAUUGGAUCAGGCGCUGCCCAUUGCUUCGGAAUCAGAGGUCCAACUUGAUAGGUUAAUGUAAAAUGUUUCUUGUAUCAAGUAAUACAAAUACUAGAGUUGCUUUUAGUUUCAACAACCAGCGUUGUCGAUGGCUUUGCAACUCUGUUUGAUGCAGAAUUGCAGAUACCUAGCAUUGUUGGUGUUUUGUGAUCUCUAAUCUAAUCAAUACAGCAGGGUCUAUUGGCCCUAAGGGUGGGUUGUUAUACA